UCAAGCCGUGAUUGGUUGGAUGUUAUGGCUUUGAAGAGGAAGAAGCGUUUCGUGUUUUCCUUAGCAUAGAGGGAAGUCAUUGUUAGUGCAAGGAGCAAUGGGCUUUAUCCAGGUUGUACAUGAGUACGGCCUCACCAAGUUGGUGUUUGUUUUGCUUUGCGUUUUAUUGCAAAGCGAGGCUUCCUACGAGCUGAAUUAUGUAACCUGCGGAUCUGUGGUAAAACUGCUGAACACCCGGCACAACGUUAGACUCCACUCGCACGAUGUGAAAUACGGUUCAGGAAGCGGUCAGCAGUCGGUGACCGGGGUUGAGUCUGCAGACGAUGCUAACAGCUACUGGCGGAUCCGAGGGAAGCCAAACCAUGCGUGCCAGCGCGGGGCGCCAAUCAAAUGCGGCCAGGCCAUCAGACUGACACACAUGAGUACCGGGAGGAACCUGCACAGCCACCACUUUGUUUCACCACUGUCAGGCAACCAGGAAGUGAGUGCCUUCGGGGAGAGCGGGGAAGGAGAUGACCUGGAUGUGUGGGCAGUGCAGUGCAGCGGGACAUACUGGGAGCGGGACGAUGGCGUGCGCUUCAAACACAGCGCCACAGACGUGUUCCUGAGCAUCACCGGGGAGCAGUACGGGCACCCCAUCAGAGGGCAGAAGGAGGUCCAUGGCAUGCAGGGAGCCAGUUCCAACAGUCAGUGGAAGACCGUGGAGGGCGUGUUCAUCAAACCCAGCAAUGAGCCUCUGAGACACGAUGAGCUGUGAGCUGGUCUACUGUGUGUUCAACCAGGAAGGGACUCUUCACCGUGUCCGCAAGUGUGAAGGCUUUUCAGAAUGGGCCCUGUGUAUUUUCCUGCCAUUUUCAGGCCCACAGUGUAGAAAGAUCGACGUGAUGCUUCCUGUAGCACAUACGUCUGUUAUUUAUAGUGCUCGGGAGGUACUGUGUUGAAUUUUACUUUGUUGUUUUUUUUUCUUUUGUUAUUGUUAAGGGUGUAUAGGUUGAAAGUUUCAAAGAAUUUAAAUAAUUCAAAAUCACUCUAAUCGAAUACUGUAUGUGAAAAUCAAUGUAAAGAAAAUAUAAAGAUUAUGAAUCCUAAGUCAAAUAUAUUUUUUCAUUAAAGUCUAUUGGUCUUCACUGCCAGCAGUGGCUUUGAAUACUGCCUUCACUGGAACGCGGUAGCAAUUUAAAUUUCCACCUGGUUCAAAGUAAAACCUGGACUGGAAUCUGUCUCCAGGACCGUCCAUCUCUCAGCUUCAGUGGUGCUGUUCUCAAAUGAUGCACAGCAGGAACCUGUAGUUGCUUUGGGUGACCACUAGGUGGCCUGUCUCGGGUAACAUCACCACGCACACUGAAAGGGUUUAAUCAGUAGAACAGUUACCGAGGUCUACAAGCAUACUUUUGUUGUUUUUUUUUUAAAUAUAAACGUUUACUUGUUUGUAUGUGAAUCUGAAUAAUAAAACCUUGGCUGGCACCUGUUUAGCACAAGAUGCUUGUGAACUUAGACAACCAUAGACGAGCAAAGACCAUUGCAUUGUGUGUGAAUAGCCAUCUGCUUCACAUGUAUAUUUAUUUAAACUACUGUAAUUGGUGGAUUUCUUUAUCAUCAUUUUUUCUAAUAAGAAAUGUAUACUGACAAGAGUCCCAAAUAUGGCUUGUUAUUUUCUUACCUGAAAGUCCUGAUUUUACAGAAAAACAUUUAGCUGUAAUGAGUCCAAGUCCCUGUAUUACACUGAUUUCAUAUUUUA